GAUGUUGACACGCCGCCGCUCUGAGCAGGAAGCAUCAGCACCGUGUUGUUGGUUUAAAUGAAUCAGAAUCAGCUGCUCUCUAACACGUCCGCUGUCUCCGGAGGUUCAUGUCUGUCCCGGGGACUGACGGAGGACAAGCUACCGGGACAUCUAGCCGCUAACGUCAGCCGUUAACCGUUAACCGUUAACCGUUAACCGUUAACCGUUAAGCCGCUGCCGGUACCAGUUGGUCGUUGCAUGGGUGAGUGAACGACAGCCAUGAGCGCCGAGCCGGACGCCCUGGCCGUGGUCAACCAGCUGAGGGACCUGGCGGCGGACCCCAUGAACCGCCGGGCCAUCGUCCAGGACCAGGGCUGCCUGCCGGGACUCAUCCUGUUCCUGGACAACCCCAACCCUCAGGUUGUCUACUCGGCCCUCCUGGCCAUCCGGUACCUGGCAGAAUGCCGAGCCAACCGGGAGAAGCUGAAGGGGGAGCUGGGGAUGAUGCUGAGCCUCCAGAACGUCAUGCAGAAAUCGACGACGCCGGGAGAGACGAAGCUGCUGGCGUCUGAGAUCUACGAGCUGCUACAGGCGUCCAGCGGCGGCGACUCUGAGCCGGCCGAGGAGGCCGUCAGCAGCCGCCGCAAGGCCCAGUUCUUCCUGGGCUCCAGCAACAAGAGGGCCAAGACCGUCAUCCUCCACAUCGACGGCCUGGACGACUGGAGUCGGAGGAAUCUGUGUGAGGAGGCUCUGCUGAAGAUCCGAGGAGUCAUCAGCUUCACCUUCCAGAUGACGGUGAAGAGAUGCAUCGUCCGGAUCCGGUCGGACCUGAAGGCCGAGGCUCUGGCGUCUGCGAUCGCGUCCACUCAGGUGAUGAAGGCUCAGCAGGUGGUGAAAGCAGAGAACGGAGAUGAGGUUCUGGUCCCGUUGGCGGAGGACGGUUCGGCAGAGGUGGAGCAGAACGUGGACCUGCCGGACUACCUGCCGGAGGACGAGAGUCCAUCUCAGGAGCCCGACAAGGCGGUGACCCGGGUGGGAUCCGGCCAAGAUGGGAACAGUUGGCUGGGUGCCGCCACCAACUUCCUGUCCCGCUCCUUCUACUGGUGACCCCGCCGGCGCCGCCACACCUCCCGCCUCCUCUCAGAACCAAAAUCUACCAGCUGCCAAAUGUCACCGCUGUCCGUCUCAGUCGGGGGGGGACAGAACCUGAGACGUAUCUUCUAACAGUGAGUGUAAAACCAGAACGCCGGCACCGCCGGCGCUACAGGCGAGAGGAGCGGAUCCUUCCAACAGGAUCGUGGUUUCAGUCUGAGGUUUCUGUGAGACCACGUCCUCUCUGUGAACUGUUCCAAACCAAAAUGUCUUAACGGACAGGAAGUGUCCCGCAGCGACGAGAACAAACACCACCGAGUUAGAAUAAAGAGGACUGAACAGGA